GGAAGCGGAAGUGGCGGCGGGGUCCUGACGCGGUUGCCGAGCAGCCCGGCAGAGGCGGCAGGGCGGGGGGAGGCGCGGGUGCGGUUCCCGCUGCGUCCCGGCGCCAUGAGCGCGGCCGGGCUGGUGUCCGCCACCCCGCCGGUGUCCGCGACCCCGCCCGGGGCUCCGGCCCCCGCCAUGCCCCCCGGGCCCGAGUACUACGAGGAGGAAGAGCUGGAGAGCGCCGAGGAGGAGGACGGCGAGCGGAGCGCUCGGGCCCGCGACUCGGAUGAAGAUACUGAGGAUGCCAGUGAGACUGACCUGGCAAAACAUGAGGAAGAGGACUAUGUAGAGAUGAAAGAGCAGAUGUAUCAGGACAAACUGGCAUCUCUUAAGAGGCAGUUGCAACAAUUGCAGGAAGGUACUCUUCAGGAAUAUCAGAAAAGAAUGAAAAAGUUGGACCAGCAGUAUAAAGAAAGGAUACGAAAUGCAGAAUUGUUUCUCCAGCUGGAAACAGAUCAGGUGGAAAAAAAUUAUGUCAAGGAAAAGAAGGCAGCAGCAAAGGAAUUUGAAGAUAAGAAAAUUGAGCUUAAAGAAAAUUUGAUUGCAGAGUUGGAAGAGAAGAAGAAGAUGAUUGAGAAUGAGAAGCUAACCAUGGAAUUAACAGGAGAUUCUAUGGAAGUGAAGCCUAUCAUGACAAGGAAACUGAGGCGACGACCAAACGAUCCAGUUCCCAUCCCAGACAAGAGGAGGAAACCUGCCCCUGCUCAGCUAAAUUACCUGUUGACUGAUGAGCAAAUAAUGGAGGACCUGAGAACCCUGAAUAAGCUUAAAUCACCCAAGAGACCAGCCUCUCCCUCCUCCCCUGAACACCUCCCUGCUACACCAGCAGAGUCUCCAGCACAGCGGUUUGAAGCCCGGAUAGAAGAUGGAAAACUCUACUAUGACAAAAGAUGGUAUCACAAGAGCCAGGCCAUUUACCUGGAGUCUAAAGAGAACACUAAGAUCAGCUGUGUCAUCAGUUCUGUGGGUGCCAACGAGAUCUGGGUGAGGAAAACCAGUGACAGCACAAAGAUGCGAAUCUAUUUGGGACAGCUGCAGCGAGGUGUUUUUGUGAUUCGUCGGCGAUCAGCUGCAUGACUGUACGCUCUUCCUUGCUCUUUUUUUAAUUAAAACCAAUAGACAAACAUCCCAUGGGGAAUGGCGGUCUGUUCACUCUCAUCUUAGCAACAGAGAACACUGUCAUGACCUCUUAUGAGACACUUUGUGGCUGGCCACGUUACCCACAGUAGUCCUAAAAUCUUGAGUGAUACCCAAGCACUGCCCUGGACUAUUUCUGGACUUUGCAUCAGGCUUCUGUAUGUUUUCUUUGUGUUCUGGGUGACUAUUUAAGAAGACUUUGCAUCAUACUUUUUUCAUCAUUGUUUCAUGAUGCAUAGAUUGGACUUGUAUGUUGAAAACAGCAUAACAUUUCUGUUUUGAAUCAGACCAAUGGAAGAAAUUUUGCUUGUCAAGACCUGAGGUUGUUUGUUUUUUGUUGUUGUUUUCCUGCAAGGCUCAGGAUGUUGAGCAAAAGGAGACUAAUCCUGUCAGGUUCAAUUGCAGCUGAGAUGCAUCUGUAAUAGCUGGCAAAUAACAUCAGCUAUAUGGCAUGAACUGGUUAAAGACCCGAGCGCUGAGGCUGUUUUGGGAAAGUCUGAUCAGUUUAGAAACUGCUGAAAAUCCACUUUAUUUUAAUGUAGUUAGGCAGUCACAUGUGGCUAAUCUGAAGCUUCCAUUUCUCUUCACAUUAAAAAACCCUUCAGUGAA